GGGGGGGGCAGCCCGUGCUCCAGCCUCAGCCUCCAGCUCCAGGGAGCAGAGGGCACCUCUCCCCCUGGGUCUGCGCGGCUCGCUCCCUGCGAUGGGUGGCAUCUGGGUGCGCACGUGGCCGGGAGGAGGCUGUUACUUGCCGGGGGCUUCUUGCCAGGAACAGAAGAAACUCCAAGAAAAGAAAUGCCGACCUGAGAAACACACUCAGCCCUCUCAGGCGUCACAGCAGGAGCCAGGACCGUCACAGGCACAAGCGCCAACGCCUAAGCCGCCCCCGCCAAAGCCAGCGGAGCUGCCGCAGCCCCCGCCGCAGCCCCCGCCGCCGCCCCCGCCCCCGCCCCCGCCCCCGCCACCAUCACAGCCACAGGCACAGGCACAGCCACAGCCACAGCCACAGCCUCAACCAAGGCAACAAACUGCCCAAGGCCCUCUUCCUCAGUCCUAUUCCAGGCACACACUCCAGGAUUCCCAAAAGCCUGGUCCCCGGCUUGACCCCAAGGGGACCGAUCAAACUAAAGGACAAUCCAACUGGCUUACGGAUAAACUCCAAGGAAAGCAGAAAAUCCCAGACCCUGGUUUCAGGAGACCAGGCCAAGCCUUCCCAGGGAACUACCCCAGCAGGCUACGCUUCACGGCCAUGGAUUACAUACAGCAGUGGUGACCCAGGCACAGACCCCGAGACCCCGCUGGCCACCAGUGAGAACCAGGAGCAACUCCACCUCCUCACGGCCCGGCAAGGUCUGCACGCCAAAGGCCACUCCCUUCUGACGCAUUCCAGAGUAAAAGAUUAAAUAAAGAAGGUAGCCAGAGACCGGGAUGCCAGGAGACAGGCUUUUAUUGGAGAGAAGGGUACCUCCCUUCUGCUUCCAGAGAGAAAGAGGCCGGAAGACACCAGGGGGUCUACUUUUAAGGGGAGGAUAGGGGGCGGGACUUAGGGCACUCAGCGCGCACGCUGAUUGGUGAUUAGGGACCUAGGAACUUAGGAAUGGGGGUGGGGAGUGGGCUUAGGGUAUUUGGCAGGUUCUAAUUGGUGGUUCAGUGCCCAGGCAUGUCUGGCCGCGGGUGGGGUUUACGUCUGUUCAUCCACUGGAGGAAGAGAAGAUCUAUCAGAGAACAGGAGGUAGCCCGGAAUAAAAUGAUUUUUUUCCUGCAAAGACUUGACACUGGUCAGCUCUGAGAGACUAUGAGGGGAAAGAGGCAGGAAGACCCAUGGGGCGGGGGGACACCCAUGGGGGGGAUGGAGAGGGGAAAGCAAUUGCACGCUUCUCUAGGCAAAGCCCGUGGGAGAACUGGCCUUACACUCCCAAGUCUCCAACUCCACCUUUUCUUUAGAAAAAAAUAAAAGAAAAAGGUUA